AUGGGCAAUGUAACCGGUGGAAAUCGCCGAGAUCAUCCGUCGCCGUCGUACCCAAACCCUAAUCCUCCGCUUCACGCUCCUCCGUCGCAGUAUCAGGGCUAUUAUCCGCCGCUUCCCUCGCCGUACCACCGGCAAGGUCCUUGGGUUCCCAAUAGAGCGACGCCGUCUCCGUUUUCGCCGGACGUUGAGCAGCAGAAGACGGUGACUAUAAGGAAUCACAUCAAUUUGAAGAAUAAUACUUUAAGAUUUGUGCCUGAUGAAGAUAACCCUGGCAAGUUUUUGCUCUCCUUCACUUUUGAUGCUACUGUUUCUGGAAGUAUCACUGUUAUGUUCUUUGCGAGAGAAGGUCAAGAGUGUAACCUGAAUGCAACAAAGGAGGAUCUUUUUCCGACCAGUACAGUUAGUUUUCCGAGAGGUGUUGGACAGAAAUUCAAGCAGGCUUGUGGAACAGGGAUCGAUUUCUCUGCUUUGUCAGAGGCAGAGUUGGUUGAGGCAAAUGAGACAGGUGUGUAUCAUGUGGCAGUGAAAGCAGAGGCAUCAGAAGAUGAUCCCGAGUUUAUAACGCCAAACCGUCAGUUAACUCAUGCGGUUUUAGAGAAAGACAAGGGCGAGGAGUACAAGGCGAGAGUCGUGAAGCAGAUACUGUGGGUGAAUGGGAAUAAGUACGUUCUUCAGGAGAUUUAUGGAAUUGGCAAUACAGUUGAGGUUAAUGGAGAGGAUGAGAACGAGACUGGGAAAGAAUGCGUCAUCUGCUUAACUGAGCCACGAGACACGACUGUUUUCCCUUGCAGGCACAUGUGUAUGUGUAACGGUUGUGCAAAGCUUUUGAGGUUUCAGACAAACCUUUGUCCCAUCUGUAGACAACCAGUGGAUAGGCUUUUGGAGAUAACGGUCAACGCCAGUGGCACAAACCAGUGA